AGAUAACUUAUAAAAAAAAGAAUUAUUCAAUUAUUAUUUUUACUCCUAUAUUUUCUCUAUCAAAAAAUUCAAACCAUAAACAUCCGAUGAAAACAGGUAUAAUAGUGGUAUUGUGUUUUCUGUCCUUAGCGCUGAUCGUACCACCGUCAUCGGCUUCCGAUGAUCGCCGGCAAAAAUGGUGGAAAUGGCCGUCUACCGGAAAAUCAAUCUGUUCAUCCGUUGUACUUCCUCUAUACGGCAAUGUUUAUCCUCAAGGGUAUUAUUAUGCUCAGAUAAACAUUGGACAUCCUCCGAGGCCUUAUUUUGUUGAUCCCGACACGGGUAGCGAUCUAACAUGGCUUCAGUGUGAUGCUCCUUGUGUACAUUGCACUCAGGCCCCACAUCCUUACUACAGACCAAAUAACGAUCUAGUUCCAUGUAAAGAUCCUCUUUGUGCAUCACUCCACUCAGGGGAUCACAGAUGUGAUGACCCUAAUCAAUGUGAUUAUGAAGUCGAGUAUGCUGAUGGUGGUUCAUCUCUCGGUGUCCUUGUCAACGAUGUCUCCCUUCUUAAUCUUACAACUGGCGUUCGAAUCACUCCUCGUCUCGCCAUUGGGUGUGGAUAUGAUCAGAUCCCUGGUCCAUCUUAUCAACCUCUUGAUGGAGUUCUUGGGUUAGGGAAGGGUAAAACGGGAAUUGUAUCGCAACUUCAUAGUCAAGGUCUAAUUCGGAAUGUUGUUGGGCACUGUUUCAGUAGUCGUGGAGGCGGGUUUUUGUUCUUUGGAGAUGAUGUGUAUGAUUCUUCACGUGUAAUAUCGACCCCAAUGUCACGCGAUUAUAGGAAGCACUAUUCACCUGGGUAUGGAGAGGUGAUUUAUGGUGGAAAAGCAACCGGGCUAAAGAAUCUACUUGUGAUUUUUGAUAGUGGAAGCUCAUACACGUAUCUAAGUUCCCAAGCGUACGAGGGUUUGCUUUAUUUGAUAACAAAAGAAUUGAGUGGGAAGCCUAUACGAGAAGCAGUAGAUGAUGAAACUCUACCCUUUUGCUGGAAAGGAAGAAAACCAUUCAGAAGCAUAAGGGAUGUAAAGAAGUACUUUAAGCCUGUGGCUUUAAGCUUUUCCAAUGGUUGGAGAUCCAAAACUCAAUUCGAAAUCCCACUUGAAGGAUACCUUCUUAUCUCAGUAAGUCUCCUUUUUCAUUCCAAUUAUUUAAAAUCCACCAAACAAAAUCAAGUUUUUCUGACUCAUGGAAUUUGGAUUUUCUUUUUCUUACUUUCACAGUCAAGAGGGAGUGUCUGUUUAGGAGUUCUCAAUGGCACUGAAGUCGGACUUCAAAACUUCAACAUAAUUGGAGAUAUAUCGAUGCAAGAUAAGAUGGUGAUAUAUGACAAUGAAAAACAAACAAUUGGAUGGAUUCCUGCAAACUGUGACAACCCACCAAGGUCCAACACAAUCAUCUUUUGAUUGUGUCUCCAGCUACAGAAACAGGCUGUAAAUUAAGUGGUUGAGUUUACCAGAUUAUAUAAAAAUGUAAAGCAUUAUACAUAGUCUGUAUAGGUCUACAAGAUUGAUUAAAAGGAUCCUACUUUCAUACUUCAUACUUCAUGGUAAGGUUUAUAAAUGUAAACUAUCUAAAUUAUACAAACUUCAAGCUGCUUUGUAUUUCAA